CUGUGAGAGAAAUACUUCGGAAAAUGGAACAAAGCAAUGAGAAACAAAGUUAUGCAUUUACAGCGGAUACUUCCGAAGUUCCAUAUCAAGCUAUACCUUAUCUUCUAAGGGACAAUGCUAAAAUAUGUCCAGAUCGUGAGGCUAUUGUUUUCCUAUCAACAACAGGAGAAAGAAGUUGCGUUAAAUAUCAAGAACUUCACGAUCGUGCAAAAUAUUUUGCUAAAGGACUUUUGGAGACGGGAAUCAAAAGAAACGAUGUAGUCGCCAUUUCGAACAAAAACUGCGUGGAAUGGGCUAUAAGUUCAUUGGGAGUACAAAUGGCAGGCGCAAUACCACUACAUUUCUUUUUUAAGCGUUUAGACGGGUCGGAUGUACUGGAAACAUUGCAUGGAAUACCAAAAUGUUCAACAUUAAUUAUUGAACCGGGUCAUCUGGAUAAGAAUGUUGGUAUAUGCAAAAAGUUUGCGUGUAGCUUUCAACCAGAAAUUAGCAGCUCUAUAUCAAGUAAGUCAUUGGCUGAUUUAUACCAGGUAUUGUUACUGCAACCUUCUGACAACGGAACACGAUGCUCUACUGUUGCCGACCUCAUAGAAAAGGGAAAAGUUUCAAAUAAUGCUCUUCCUUUAAUAUCACCAGAUGACAUUGCUGCAAUAUUUCUCACCUCUGGUAGUACUGGAAUCCCAAAGGCAGUUCCUCACACUCAUUUAUCGCUGAUUCGAAGUUUGUAUGAUUUUGGAAACUACAUGGAUCUAGAACCUUGCACUAGAUAUUAUAAUGAUCGACCCUUUAGUUGGCUUGGUGGCUACCCUGGUGUAUACAUGGUUCACCAGUCCACACGAGUUACUGCAAGUGAUAUCAUGGCAUUAAAGACCAUUGACGAAAUAAACUGUUUUACCACAAAAGCACUUGAGGCAGAAAAGUGUACCGUGGCUUUGUUGAUAACUCCAUGUUUACACGAUAUGAUGCAUAACAAAUUACCACCGUGUAAACAAUGGCCAAUGAAAGUGAUUGCAACUGGAGGUUUGCCAGUGGAAUCAUCAUGUACUAAAGCAGCAGGUGUUAUUGCUGACAAGGUUGUUGUGGUGUAUGGUAUUACCGAGGUUGGAUUUGCCUCCACCAUGUCGGUUUCAAAUCCAAAUGAUUUUGAAGAUCACUCAAUCGGGUAUCCAGCACCAGGGGUUGAACUGAAAAUAGUAGACGAUGAAGGGAACAUUGUAACAAAGGGAACUUCCGGAGAAAUAUACUUUCGUAGUAGAGAUCGUUUUCAAGGUUACAUGAAUAAUAAGGAAAAAAGUGUCUUAUGUUCAGACAAGGCCGGAUGGUAUAAGACUGAUGAUAUUGGAGUUAUGAGAGAAAAUGGUAGUUUUGUUAUCACAGGGCGGAAAUCCGACAUGAUGAUUAUUGGUGGCCUUCUUGUGUCCCCACUUUAUGUCGAAAACAUUAUUAAGAAACAUCCCAUGGUCGUUGAUGCUUACAUAUAUCCUGUGCAUAAUGAUAAAAUGUUUCAGUGUGCAUAUGCUGCGAUUGUUGUUGAACCGGAAGGAGCACUCCGUGAAGAAGAUCUAAGGAAUUAUAUUGUGCAACAACAAUCGGGAAACCGAGAUUCAUUUCUUGCAAAACGUUACAUUCCAGAACAUUUUAUCUUCUACAAAGAACUGCCGCACACACAUAAUGGGAAGUUAGAUAGAAAAGCCACGGCUUUGAUGAUUAAAUCAACUAAAGGUAUCAUAUCAACAUGACAAACACCCUCAGAGAUAUUUUUUAUUCAAAAUAGAUUUUAUCAGUUGUAUAUAUAAGCAGAUUUUACUAAAUAAUCGUAGCCAUUAAAUAUUCCUUUCUUC